AUGAAAUCAAUAUUGGUCUUUCCUCAGGCUUGAGGUUAACCGCCGAUACGUUGUUGUGGAAGAAUUUCGUGUGGGUAGACGGAUCACCGUUAACAUUUAUGCAUCGACUAUCCAAUGUGAAGUGUCCCGUCUGCUUAGAUAACUAUCCUGUUGGCAUGGCAAUGACACGGGUCUUGAUGAAUGGAGAGAUUCAAUGGUUACCAGCUGUAGAAGACACUUAUGUAACGUGUGAAUGGCAGAUUGAACGACAAUACACAGGUCUCCGUAUACCAACAAGUAAAUCCACUUACAUAGGAAACAAGGCUAUGUUCCAGUGUACGUCUGGCGAGUUUAUAUCGGCUGUAUACGUAUGUGACAGGACAUCUGACUGCAGCGACGUAUCGGAUGAACGGAAUUGUGUGAUAGAAUGUGCCGGUGCGACGUUCCAAUGUGAUUAUGGAGGAUGUAUAUCAGCCUCAAAAAGCUGUGACUUUAUAAACGAUUGUGCUGACGGCUCAGAUGAGCUGAUGUGCAAUUACCCCCCUUGCGGAGACGGGUAUUGGAAGUGUGCCAAUCAGGAGUGCAUACCUGUUUAUGACGUAUGUGAUGGUUACAUAGAAUGUAUAGACGGAAGUGACGAAGCGGAUGUACUCUGCAUAGCCAACAGUGUGCUACCCACCACGUUCACCUUUCGGUGUUUCGAGCCUGAUCGGAUCCUGCCCCUUGCAAGAAUAUGUGACGGUUUCUCAGAUUGUCACGAUACAAAAGAUGAAGCGUGCGACAGGAUCUACUACUCCUGUCUAUCGUGGGCCGACAACACCAAAGAACGACAACCAUCUGAAGUGCUGGUCGACUACGGAAUGCCCCAGUAUGGACCAUUGACUGUUGAGUGUUCCAUUGGAGACAGUGAAGUUCAUACCUCGUGGGGAUUUUCCGAUGAACAAGAUAUAUCGACACUCUACACGACAUCAGUAGUUUCGGAUGCACUUUGGUUUGAAACGGAAUGGAUAUCGUGGCAAUACACAUCGAUAUUGUACAAGUCCCAAUAUCAAAAGACAGUUAUGAUGGCAUCGUCAUCCUCCUGUGUACAGUACAUCCGUGCAUGCGGGUACUUUUUGUAUUCAACAGGAUUGAUCAUUGAGUGGAAAAAUGGGAAAGAUGGCAUUCACAGAAUGUAUCUGGAGGACAAUAUGGGGUGUUUUGGACUGUGUUCGCACUUCGGGUGUGAGGUACACUUCAAUUUACAAGAGAAUGAGUAUUACGAUGGAAAUGAAGAUUUCGGUUGGAUACCAAUUACUGACAAACACCAGCUUCCAGUUACAGCCUUGAGGUCGAACCGACUUUCUGUGAUGGGCGUGUCACGAUUGAUCUGCUCUGAAGGUUUACACAACAACAACAACACCGAUGCUGCAGCAGGUUACUUGGAAUGUAAGAAUAGCAUCCUCUAUGACCCCGCAUUGAAGUGCUUGAUGAAUUUUGACCCGACUGGAGAGCCAAUUGCCUGCCGAGAUUUAACUCACCUUGAAAAAUGUGAAAAUUUUACAUGCCCUGACGACUAUGCUAAAUGCCCAGGAUCUUUUUGUUUACACAUGCGCUAUAUCUGUGAUGGCACCGGUCACUGCCCGCACAAGGAAGACGAACUUGAUUGUGAAUCACCCAACUGUACCAAUCACUACAGAUGUCGAGGCGGUCGGUCUUGUAUUCCGUUUGUAUACCUUUGUGAUGGAGUACGGCACUGUCCCAUGGGAGACGACGAACAGUUUUGUGAGGACACAUGCCCGAAAGGAUGCACGUGCCAAGGACUCUCAUUCACGUGUGACGAUGAUCACGUGAGCCUUCGUAAUAUCACAUCAAACGCCCGUUGGGUCAGCCUGAAGAAUAAUAUGGAGAACGUGACCAACCAUUUCCCUUUAUCGUUUCCAUUACUCACAAGUCUUACAUUGAAAUCGUGCUCCAUCCAUGAACUCAGGAUCAAUGGUCAAGCGAUAUUCAAAAAUAUCACUGCCCUCAGACAUCUUGACAUUUCAUCAAACCGGAUAGCAAUUCUUCCCGAAGGCAUUUUUAGCGAUAUCAUAGAAUUAAGAACGUUGAUACUUAACGGCAAUCCGUUGCAAUCAAUUUCUGACGGAGUAUUCACUGGGUUGAAAGCUCUAAGAAAUCUACAAAUUUCUCAUUCAAAUAUGAAAUCAUUUGCUGUCGAAUCUAAAGUCUUUUCGGACCUUUCAUCACUUGAAUACCUAGACAUGUCAUCAAACAUGAUCGGCAGACUACCUAGAAGCUUAUUCAGUAAACUAAGAUCAUUGCAUACAUUAAUCCUGAACCACAACCCUUUGGUAUAUAUAGAUGGCCAAGCGUUCUCUAAAUUAUACUCUUUAACUAACCUACAACUUUCGUAUAUCCUUUCGGCAAGAAUCGUGUCUGACGUUUUCAAUGGUCUUCAAUCGUUAACAACUUUAAAUCUUAGCUCAAGUGGCAUACACGAUCUGGGAUUUAGAAGUUUUCAAGGUCUUGGGAAUUUGGAAAUUUUAGAUAUUCAAAAAAAUCAUUUUGAGGUGCAGGAAUUCAUGUUUGAAGGGCUUGACAAUCUUCAAUAUCUUUAUGCAGACUCGUACAAGAUGUGCUGUAUCAAACCGGCGACCGUUCUUGAGAAGAACUGCUUCGCCCCUAAGGAUCUGAUUUCUUCUUGUUCAAAUUUGAUAGGUUCUGAUUUCUUAAGAGCAUGCCUCUGGAUCAUAGGGUUGUUGGCUUUGUUAGGAAAUAUCUUUGUGAUAACCUAUCGUGUAUUAUUUGAUUAUGUAAAUCUUAAGAAAAGUCAUGCGAUAUUUGUACUAAAUCUGAGCAUAUCUGAUUUCAUUAUGGGAAUCUACAUGGUCAUUAUUGGUUCUGUCGACACCUUUCUGAGUGGAAGGUACGUUGUGAAUGAUUUGGGAUGGAGAAACGGCACACUUUGUGUAACAGCAGGGUGUCUGUCGGUAAUAUCGAGUGAAAUGUCAACUUUUGCCAUUCUUAUGAUCACUAUUGACAGAUUCAUAGCUAUAGUGUUCCCAUUGUCACUGCGGAAGAUCACCUGGAAGACUGCUGUAGGAGUCUCAGCACUACUCUGGAUUCUGUCACUGAUGCUGGCCAUUAUACCUCAGGGCGUAUUCCCUAGUUACUUCAAAGGAGAAUUCUACUCUCGGUCAAGCGUCUGUCUCGCCCUGCCACUCACAGGAGAAUCUGUAUCGGGACAGGAGUACUCUGUCGCAGUCUUCAUAGGACUAAAUGGUCUUUUGUUCCUGGUUAUUCUCGUUGUCCAGAUAUGUAUCCAUAGAAACUGUAAAGACAGCGGAAGUAUAACCACGACGCAGAACCGAAAGCGGGAAAUUUCUUUGGCAAGAUCUCUUUUCCUUGUCGUUGCCACGGAUUUCUUGUGCUGGUUCCCAAUUGGUGUCUUAGGUGUUUGGUCACAAUUAGGGGGAUCGGUGUCGCCAGACAUUUACGCAUGGGUGAUGGUAUUCGUACUUCCAAUCAACUCGGCAAUCAAUCCCUUCCUCUACACGUACAUCUAUAUUAAGCGUAAACAGGGAUGUAUUGUAAAAGGAGUAAAAGCAUUUACUGGGACUGGUAGAGGGAAACAGUCCAUGGCUGACGGAUUUAAUGCAAGCAAUAACCUGAAAGAAAUACACUUCAGUAAACUCUUUAAACCACAAAAGGGUAAUGUCAGUUUGGAGAUGUACUCACUUGACAAGAAAUUGUCGCCAACGGAGGCAUACCAGAUCGCCAGCAGGAUCAUGGAGGCCGUGGCAUUCCUUCACCAUAGAUUUACUAUCCAUGGAAAUAUAGCUGACCAAAAUGUCUGCAUUAACGAUGGAUUGCAAGUGACGAGGCGAGCUAGCCUGAUGUUGGAUCCAUCUCCGAUAGGUGGGGACCAGGACUCUCGUACUGAUAUUCUACAAUAUGGAGUCCUAGUGAAAAAACUCCUACGAAUGCUGGACAGACAUUAACUAAUGUUAUACUAUCUUAUCAAUUUUCAUUUCAAAUAAACAGAAAUCAAAAUGGUCAUGAAUAUUCUGUUGAGAUUAUCAGAAAUCGAUGUUUCGAAAUAAUAAAAUAAUGGAAAGAAAUAUUGACCAUUCGGAACUAAAUUACUAUGAACAAUUUUAGAUUGAGGAAACUACAGACUUUUGAGCAUAGCCGCUUACCUCGCUAUUGACUCCUGACAUCUUUAAACUAACAUUUACAAUAACUGUAAUGACUUCAAUUCUACCUACAAAGUCCAUGUCAAAACACUUCUCUAUGUUGAGGACUUGGAUGUGGGUGGAUGACGGAACAUUACACCAGCUACAUAGAGGUACGAUCGAUGAAAACGGAGGGAAAGCGGUCGACAUCUUAACAUUAUGUCCUACUUUCAUUAACAUAUUAAUCUCCCGUUUUACCUGUACAGUGUUUCCCUUUAACCUCUUGGGUGUAAUUUCCUUGUAACCACAAGAUUGUAAUUUCUCUGUCAAGGCAUGAGUGAUUACAUAUUAACUGUUCGUGGCUCCGUUCUCAUUACAAUGAUUUGAAUAUGGACUUGAGGGAGUUUGGCGACUUGUAUUUAUUCUUGUAUUUCAUGCUACUUUAUGUAAUACAUUUAUUGAUAUUUUGCUUUCGUUUUAUCAAAAUAUGGUUUUUGCAUUAGAUAGAUUAUUCAUAACAUCCGAUCGUAGACGGUACUUGAUCAAACAGCAUAGAUGUUGUUUAGAUACGUGUAUGAGCAUAUUGUUUACGAAGUUUAUGUAACAGUACAUAAAGUGUCCUGAAUUGUUCAAAGAUAAGCGUUUAUAAGAUAGUUUAAGUGUCACUUGUUGAAAUAAUAUGUUUGCCUUUGUUGUUAUAUUAGGGAUCAACCAACCAAUUGAAGAAAACAAAUUUGAAACAGCCCCUGUGUAUAGAAAGUUGAGCCAAGGAUAAAAUGUCUGGCAGCCACUGAUUGGCCAGUAUGUUAU